AAUUUUCGUGUUAUUCGGCCGUUGCGACGCAUGUAUUUAUUUACUUAACCGUGUAGAUGGAGGCGACUUAAGGCAGAGCUGCAAGAACACAAUGAAAGAGCAAAGCUGCCGGCCGUUUACGUCAUGGGACAUUACCUCCUCAUUCAGCCCUUAAAAUGAAUUGCGUUACCCGCGAAACAGUGCUUUUGUUUCUGCUGGCCGUAACUUGCUGUAAGGGAUGUCCACAUACUUGCGUCUGCAAGUGGCGUAGCGGAAAACAAACGGUCGAAUGUAUCAAGAAGGACCUCUUGGUUAUCCCUUUGGGCAUUGAGACAGAUACUCAAGUAUUGGACGUCUCACAGAACAACCUCCGUGUCCUCGAGAGCGAGAAAUUUCUUCGAAUGAACUUGACUAACCUACAAAGGAUUUAUUUAAGCCGGUGCAGUAUCACAGUAGUCCACGAAGCUGCCUUCAAGGGACUUACUAAUUUAGUAGAGCUCGAUGUCUCCAACAACCUACUCGAAACUAUUCCGACUGGGAGCUUUCUAAGUUGUCCGUCACUAAUGCGACUCACGCUAAGCGGGAACCCAAUAAGGCAUCUGCCCAAGUUGGCGUUUAAUCAUUUAAGUUACCUGACUACGCUGGAACUCGCAGAUUGUCAAAUCUCCGUGGUUAAUGAAGCUGCGUUCGUUGGCCUCUAUAGUCUGGAAUGGCUGCAUCUGUCGGGAAAUAAAUUAACGACUUUCCCGGUAGGUAAAAGGUUUCCAAACUCCUUAAAAGGCGUUACUCUGCAAGACAAUCCGUGGCACUGUGACUGUCAUAUUCGCGACUUUUAUGACUGGCUGAUUAAGGAGCAAGUGCCCAUGAUCGUGGAACCGGUUUGCAUUCUUCCAAAAAAGUUCUCCGGAGAAUUUAUUAGGGGAGUAGCCAAAGGCGAUUUGGCCUGUGUGCCUGAAGUGUCACCAACUUCUUUUUAUUUUGAAGUCGAAGAAGGGAGAAAUAUAUCCUUGUAUUGCGAGAUUAACUCAAUUCCUUCGUCAAGGGUGUCAUGGUGGUUUGAAGGGCAACUGAUCCAAAACAACACUCGCGUAGGCCCUGAUUUCCACGUUGUCUACUAUAUAGAAAAGGGAGAGGAAGAAAAACACAGCGAGCUUUUCAUCUACAACACCGACGGCCAAGACAACGGUACAUUCCACUGCGUCGCAGAUAAUUCCGCUGGGACAUCGUCUGCAAACUUCACCCUCAGAAUACUACUCAAACGCGUCGAAGUCGCCGAAGUGGUGGAAACGUACCCGUUAGAGUAUUUACCUAUUGCCCUUGGUACGGGGUCGGUGCUAUUGAUUUUUCUCGUGAUUGUGCUGGUUGUAUGCGCGACAAAGUGUAUCAAGGUGAGAAAGAACCGACUCAAGUGCACAUCUGAUGAGUUUCCGGAGAAAUCGAACAUGAAACCCACCGUGAAGCGAGAGGCUGACUUUGAGUCGGUUAAAGCUGAUCAAGAAAUUAACGCGCUGCGUUGCCAUCAAGUACAGGAACAAAACCCCGAUAUAAUUAAUGGAGUUAAGGAGACUAGACUCCGGGAUAGAGUUCGAAGUGGCGGGACGUAUAACUUGUGUUUAUUAGAUUCGCGUCUUUGUGCGAAUGCGACAGUAAAUAGGGAAGAGUACUUCCCCAAGAUGUACAGGACGCUACCUCACCGGCGAUAUCAACCUAGUCUAAUGCCCCUGCACACUCGGCGGUAUUUAUGUGACGAUUAUCCAAUCACUACAAGCACCACCCUGUUCGCAUGUUCAUCGACAGACAAAAGUUACUUCGACAAUUUCGCUAUCGACGUGCGAUACACUGCCGAGGGAUACCCCGUGAAACCCGUUUCCCAAAGUGAUACGACACCGGGCGGAGAAGAACAUUCCGCAUCGCAGGUAGAAUUACUGGAUAGUUUUAAUGAAGUAGGUUCGAGUGAAAUCGCGUCAGAGGAGACAAGGUUCGUGACGGUUCACCCGCAAACCGUGUGCAGCCAGGUUUGUGCGGAAAGUGAUAAAAACGACGUAGAAUUGUGA